AUGUCUGCCCCCACUGGUAGGCGCCAAUUGGUCAAUAAUGUAGGUGAAUAUUUCAAAUUUGCAAGCCUGAAGAGCCUUGGUCUCUGGAUUCAGCUCGGUCACGCACUAGGCCAUACCUGUCCCAAACCGCGUUAUUCUCAUGGCAUGCACAAAGUAUUGUUGAAUUUUUGUGACUGCACUCUGGCAACAACCCAUGUACAACAACUGCUGCGCAUGUCACUGCUCCCUGCAACUACUGCGGACCCCAAAACAGCUGCUACGUUUCGUCUGUUAGAAGAAUUUCACCUCUUGUCUUUGGAAUCAAAAGUAUCGGGCUAUGAGUUUUAUUACACCCUAAUGCGGAGGUCUGAUAACACAGGGAUCAAUCCUAUCAAACGAUCUGGGAGAGUGCAUGAUCCCAACGGCAUUAAUGCGAUGGCGGAGGGUGCAUGCACUGUUAUAUGUACAGCCUGGGAAGAACCUACCGUCCAACUGGAGAGAGGCCCCUCCCGACAAAGCUGGUUGUAUGGCCUAUUUGUGGCCAUCAACGCGAACUUCUGGCUGAAAUGGAGAGUUGUGUCAAAAGAUAGCAUGGACCCUAGCCUUAGUAAUGGCUGGGGAUACUUUGUUGAGGAAAGUGUGUACAAGGCCUUCCUGAACAAUAAAUCUGAUGUUAGCCAAGAGAAGUCCACCUGCUUGAGCCACAAUGCUGUAAACAUGGCGGAUACUAAAUCAAAUUGUGGCCUGGCAGCUACAGGGCUCGGAACCAUUGACUGCGCCUGCCACAACAUGAAGUUACCGACAGCAGCUGGGGACCUCCAGAAAGGAGAAAGAUUUUCAUUCAAUUUUACGCCUGGUGUUGGACAGACAGACAGAGAAGCCCCUGAGCAGGGGUGGGCGAAUAUCAACCCUGUAGCGUCGAGCACCAAAGAGAUGGGCCCAGGCGCAAGAUGGGACAUGCUGGACGAUUUUUUUGGGGAUUGGAAUUGGAGGAAGAUUACUAAUCUAUGUCACACAAUGUUGCGCAAGAUGAAAGAUGCCUUACCCAAAUUAUCGGAAUAUGAAGCGGCUCUGGACGACCUUGAGGAAGGGCUGAAGGAAGAAUACUCGGAAGCGUUGAGCAGGUGGAAAGAGGAGGUCGAGGCAUGGGAGUGUGAUCCCUCCCAGCUGAACCCAUAUGAACGAAGUGUGGAAUGUAUCACCCUUGCCUCCGUGCAUCUUGAACUCACAGGAGAGGAGGCAUUGGAAACAGAACUUGAUGGCUCCCGUGUGCUGCAUGAAGAUUGUUCACCUAGUACGAUUAGCAGUGGACUCGAACUUGAAGAACAACAACUACGUCUUGCAGCUGAGAAGGCGGGUCUGGGCAUUCAUGCCACAGAUACCUAG